AUGACUGGAAAACUGAGGAUCGCAGUGGUUGGCGCAGGACCUGCGGGCCUUGCAAUUGCCAUCGAGCUCAAAAAGCUACCCUUCGUUGAAUAUACGCUCUACGAGCGGAACGACCGCAUCAGUGAGAUUGGAGCUGGAAUUAGCAUCCAGCAGACCACAUGGCGUAUGCUCGAGGUUAUGGGAGCAGCUCAGCAUCUGCGAGACUCGACGUGGUUUAGACCUGAAGACGGCCACUCUGUGAGGCACUACAACGGCAGGACUGGAAGACUGCUGUCGACUCGCUAUCAACCUAACGUUCCUAAGGAGUUUCUGCACGCCCGGUGCCAUAGGGCAGAACUGCAAAAUGCACUGUGGAAAGCCAACGACCCAGGCCAUAUUCGGACAUCCAAAAGACUCACGAAUAUCUCACAGCUUCCUUCGGGCAGAGUCCGACUUCAGUUUGCCGACGGCUUCGUGGACGAGGUAGAUCUGCUAGUUGGCGCAGAUGGCAUCCGAUCGGUCGUGCGCUCCUUCGCUUUUCCGGAGCACAAGAUUGCCUAUACCGGACGGACGGUUUAUCGUACACUCAUCCCGGUCGAGGAGGUACGGUGUAUCGAGGGGUUACCCGCCGAUGCCGUUGCUUUCUGGCAUGCGCCGAAGGGGGAAUGGGUGUACACCUGCAACCUUGGUGGAAAAGAUUUCGAGCUCACUGUUAUGACCAACGAGCCUUUAACCGAGCACGAAAAGGAGCGUGUCAGCUGGGGCGAGCCUGCGAAUGUCAGCGAUAUGACACGCCACUUUCCGAACUUCUUCAGACCAAUCCAGGAACUGUUCGCCAUAACUCCCGACAUCAAACGAUACGCAGCGUUCUCUGGCCCCCGCCUCCAAAGCGUUGUCACCGACUCAAAUAAUAUAGCCUUGAUAGGUGACGCUUCGCAUCCACUCUCCGGUGCUUUCGGCUCAGGGGCGGGAUUCGCGCUCGAAGACGCUUAUACUCUUACUCAAAGCUUGCGAUGGGCGUUUGCUAGAGACAGAAGUAAACCUCAGCUAGGAGAUGCCUUACACCUAUUCGAUCGUGUACGCUCGCCGCAUUAUGAGAAACUUUACCGUGUGCUUGACGGCUUCAAGGAAGUGGCUGGAAACCUAGCUGCGCCGCACCUUCAGCUCAAUUCGGACGAAGAGGUCGCCGUACUGGUGGCCAUGAAUUGGGCAAAGCGCCACGACUGGAUCUAUGAGUACGAUAUCACUCAGGACUUUGCCAGGAUAGCCGAACAGGAGAGUGAUUAG